GACAGUUUUGGUUUUGACGCUUACACCGAAAAUGGGACUAGUUUUGAGACUCCGGUUGUGAACGUUUCGGCUGGAUUGGGUUGCUCUAUUGGGCAGACCACUCCGAUCAACGUUCCUUUUGGAUCGAGUGCAGACGAGGGGUCCACUCCGAUCAUCACCUUCGUUAGAUCAAGCGCGACUAUGGGGUCCGCUCCAGUCACCUCGUUUAAUGGACCGACCGCGACUACGAUUGCAACGGUCACCCCACUCACACCAAAUAUGGCUUCUGCCAUACCGGUCAUUCCCUCACUUGGACCAAACACGGGUGUCUUCACUUCCACACCGGUCGGACAUCCUACUGUCAUGCUGCCUGGGAACUCUGUCAAAGAAUCGACAAAGUUCACAGGUGUUGGCUUUGAAAUAUGGCAGCAACGGAUGUUAUUUUGGCUGACACCAUCAACCUUGCGAGCGAACAUUCAUGUGCUCACUCCAGCUUGGGAUGAAUUCUGGAGCUAUCUCAAGCUCAAAUGGAAAGAGAUGACCUUAGAACGAUUGCUUGUUCAUCUCUGGUUCCGUGAAGAGGAUCUCACUCGUGAGAAGAAAGUAGCUGCUUCUAAGGGCAAUGUGGUUGAGCAUCCACCCAAAGAGGGUUCUUCCAAAAGGCCCAAGCCAAACAAGGACAAGAAGAAAAUUGGUCCUAAAGGUUGCGUUGCGAAGACUAAGUUGGCAGGGAAAUGCUACAACUGUGGCAUUACGGGCCACCGCUCUUCAGAAUGUCGUAAAAAGCCUCAAAUGAAAAAGCAAAUGAAUGAAGAAGCCCUCUGCUCAGAGCUAGACUCUAACCCGAAUGAGUGGUGGGUUGACACCGGAGUCACUCGUCAUAUAUGCUCCAAUCGGGCCAUGCUCUUUGACUUUAAGGAGAAUUCUGGUGACAAGGUGUGGAUGUGCAAUUUCGCCCAAUCCGAGGUUCAAGGCGUGGGAAAAGUGAAGAUGAAGAUGACAUCCGGCAAGAAGCUCACGCUGAAUGAUGUGUUGUAUGUGCGAGAUAUACGGAAAAACUUAGUGCAAGGCUCACUAUUGAACAAACAUGGAUUCCGCAUGGUGUUUGAGUCUGAUAAGCUGAUCUUGAGCAAAAGAGAAUAUUCAUAGGCAAAGGAGUGAAGGGCAGAGGGUGAAGGGAAUAAUGUAGUUUUGGUCUG